GUAUCAUCAUGGGUGACGACUUUAUGGACGAUGAUGAGGAUUAUGGCUUUGAGUAUGAGGAUGACAGUGGAAGUGAACCAGAUGUUGAUCUCGAGAAUCAGUACUACACUGCAAAAGGGCUAAAAAGUGAAGGCAAAAUUGCUGAAGCAAUCGCCAGCUUCGAGAAAGUGCUGAAUUUGGAGCAGGAAAUGGGCGAAUGGGGUUUCAAAGCCUUGAAACAAAUGGUUAAAAUCACAUUUAACACGGGUCAAUUCGAAGCAAUGCUACAGUAUUAUCAAAAGUUGUUGAAAUAUAUCAAGACAGCAGUCACAAAGAACUACUCCGAGAAGUCGAUCAACGCCAUAUUAGACUACAUCUCGACCUCCAAGCAAAUGGAUCUAUUGCAGAAAUUCUACGAAACCACGUUAGAUGCGCUAAAGGAUGCAAAAAACGAAAGGCUGUGGUUUAAGACAAAUACUAAAUUAGGGAAGCUAUACUUCGAUAUGCACGAAUUUCAGAAAUUGGAGAGGAUCUUGAAGCAGUUGAAGAACUCUUGUAGGACUGAACAAGGGGAGGAAGAUCAGAAGAAGGGAACGCAAUUGUUGGAAAUCUACGCUCUCGAGAUACAGAUGUAUACCGAGCAGAAAAACAACAAGGCCCUUAAAAAGCUGUACGAGCAAGCUCAGCAAGCUAUACAGUCGAAGUCGGCAAUUCCACACCCUCUUAUCCUUGGUGUAAUUAGGGAGUGCGGAGGUAAAAUGCAUCUACGUGAAGGUCAGUUUGAUCGGGCGCACACGGAUUUCUUUGAAGCGUUCAAGAACUAUGACGAAAGCGGAUCACCGAGAAGAAUCACUUGUUUGAAGUAUCUGGUUCUGGCCAACAUGCUUAUCAAAUCUGAUAUCAACCCCUUCGACAGUCAAGAGGCUAAACCGUUCAAGAACGAACAAGAAAUUGUUGCGAUGACCGCAAUGGUCGCUGCUUAUCAAGAAAACAACAUAGACGAGUUUCAAAGAAUUCUGGAACGAAAUCGCGAAAGCAUCAUGCAAGAUCCAUUCAUUCGAGAGCACAUCGAGGAGCUUUUGACUAAUAUCCGAACACAGGUCUUGUUGCGAUUGAUCAAGCCAUACACAAGAAUACGAUUGCAAUAUCUGUCCCAGCAACUCCGUGUGUCGAUAGCUGAAGUGAAGAGGCUGUUGGUAGAUACAAUCCUGGACGAAGGUCUUCCUGCUAGAAUCGACGAGAUCGACAACAUUCUGUACGUGAAACCUACCACAGAACACAAACAAGACUCAUCGCUCUCCAUCUCUGCUAUGAACGGAUGGAUUGACCAGAUCGAUAAGAUGUCCAAGGAUCAGCACGAUCUGCGGCGUGAACUAAACGAGCUGAUCAAAAAGCGUGCUGAAAUCGCGGAGACUUUGGAAGCGCUAGAAAAUCAAAUUUACAACUUUGAAGGUUCUUAUCUCGAAGAAACAGCAGAAUAUGGAAAUGUGAUCAAAGGUUGGGACCGAUACGCUCUCGCGAUGCCUCCAUCAAAAUCUGGAGUGAAGUUAGACAAAAAGUCUACCUCUCGAAAAGCAGAUAAGGAUGCCGAUAGAUUGUUUUCUUACUCAUCCGUGACAUCUCCUGCCGCACUGAAACACGCACAACAACCACCUCCACCGACCAUAACCUCGUCAGGGGCACCGCUAACACCAACAAUGCUCAAGAAUGAUAACAUGGACGACGAAUCAUCUCGAGAGAUGAGAAGGUCCAAAAAGAGGAAAGCUGAACCGGACUACUAAUUUUGAUAAGUUUUCACAGCCUUAUACAUAAAUGUACCAAGUUUCUAUGUCUUUGUAGUUACUAGAUUGUAUGACCAACGUCGUACUCCUGGAUCAGCCUAUCUUAUACACAUAUUUAUUUUACUGAUUGUAAGUUAGCAGCUCGAGUUUUAACUGUGUGAGUUCGAAUGUUUGUAUCUUACUGGCUUUCAAAUUUGGUGGCAGUAACUGUUUAACAC